GUUUUGUAAGCACACCACUAGGCGAAGCGCGACCGGCAAACAAUUGUUUUUAUUUCAUAUAGCUUUUCCAGUCAAAGCCGGACCAAGUUGAACCCAGAUCGCAAUGCAGGAGUUCUUCAGCGUGUUGCUGCCGGACGUGAAGCGGGAGCUACGCCGCGGCAUCGUCGAGUGCUCCAAGCGGGGUCUGCUGCACAGCACCAAGUGGCUGGCGGAGAUGCACCACGGACUGGCCGACGUGCAAAUAGAUAAUGAAGCUCCGAACGACGAUCGCACGUUCAGCGAAUGCCAGCUGGAGGGGAUUGCGCCGGCGGAAUACAGUGACUACUUUCUGGCCAAGAGCUACUACGAUGUCAGGGAGUACGAUCGGGCAGCCCAUGCGGUCAGGAACUGCGAGUCCAGCGUUCCACGCUUCCUGCACUUUUACUCCACGUACAUGGCGCGGGAAAAGCGCCGACUGGACUCCACCACCGAUCAAGCGAAUCUCCACGAGCCCAAUCAGAUGCGUGACCUUGCCGAUCUGCUGGCCACUUUGCGCAUGGAGUACGGCAAGAGUCGGCUGGACGGCUAUGGCAUCUAUUUGUACGGCGUUGUCCUCAAAGCCCUGAAUCUCAACCAGGCCGCCGAGCAAAUGCUCAUCCAGGCCAUCAGACUGGUGCCCAUGCUGUGGAGCGCCUACCUGGAACUAUCGCCGCUUAUCAUGGAAAAGAAGAAGCUGCUUAGUCUGCAGCUGGGUGGGCACUGGAUGCGGCACUUCUUCAUGGCCCACACAUACCUCGAGUUGUACCUAAAUGACGACGGUCUUAAGAUCUACGAGGAUCUUCAGGCGUCGGGCUUUAGCAAGAGCAUCUACUUGAUUGCCCAAAUGGCGCUGGUCUAUCACAACAAGCGGGAUGUGGACAAGGCGAUCGAACUCUAUCAGGCACUGCUGGAGAAUGAUCCCUAUCGCCUGGACAAUGUGGACACCUACUCCAACCUCCUGUUCGUCAAGGAGAUGAAGACCGAGAUGGCCCAGUUGGCGCACAAGGCUGUGAGCAUCAAUAAGUAUCGUCCGGAGACGUGCUGUGUGAUAGGUAACUACUACAGCAUACGCUGUGAUCACCAGGUGGCUAUUUCCUACUUUCAGCGGGCCCUUAAACUGAAUCCCAAGUAUCUGGCCGCCUGGACGCUGAUGGGUCAUGAGUUCAUGGAACUGAAGAACACAAAUGCAGCCAUACAGAGCUAUCGAAAGGCCGUGGAGGUCAACAAGCGGGAUUAUCGCGCCUGGUACGGACUAGGUCAGGCCUACGAGAUAAUCAAAAUGCACUACUACAGCUUGUACUACUUUAAAAUCGCCCACCAACUGCGUCCCUACGACUCCCGCAUGCUGGUUGCCUUGGGCGAGACAUACGAAAAGCUGGACAAGUGCGAGAAUGCGGUCAAGUGCUAUUGGAAGGCCAUCGAUGUGGGCGAUAUAGAGGGCAUAGCCAUGUACAAACUGGCCAAUCUGCACGAAAAGCUCGGCGAUCACGAAACGGCGGUCCAUUGCUACAUCAUGUACUGCGAGGACGAGCGGGCGGCCACCGAUAAACAGAGUCUUUACCAAGGUUUUAUUACGCUAGCGAAUUACUACGAAAAAAAAGCGGAUUACGAGAGAGCAGCCUAUUACGCUUACAAGUGUCUGGACUCCGAUGAUCGAAAAACGGAGGCAAAGGCUUUGCUGAAGACAAUCGACUGGAAGCGCAAUGCUGAGUGGCAAAAGAAGCCCAAAACUUCUGCGACAGUGGCGAAUGCAGAGACCAGUUCCGAGGAUGAAAUGGAGUGGGAGCUUCAAGAUGUUCGUGUACGUGUGCCCUUCACCACCAUAGCAACCACGACGACAUCCACAACGGCUGCGACUGCUGCUGCGGGUUCAAGUAGCAGCUCGUCGAACAGCUUGCGUCCGGGUCGAUCCGUGGCCGAGGGAAUGCGUCGAUCGCAGGCCAACAGGAUGAGUCUUACACCGGCUGCUAGCAGUACUACAACCACGUCCGCAACGGCAGUCACAACAGCCACUGAGGAGACGCCUGGCACGUCCAGCGGCACGGCAAAUCCUCCGGAGCAGCCGCCCUCGGAUGAUGCCAGCUCAAUGGAGAUAUCCAGCGUGUUCAUCGAUUAGUUAAAUGCGAUCGAUCCACUUGUAUAAAUUGCUCUUGUUUUAUGAAUUAUAUUGAAAAUCCAAGUAAAUAUACUAGUCGUAUCAGA